AUGUCCCCCUCAUCCUUCGAACAAAAAUACGUGCACUCCUUCUAUGCCACCAACCACCACGCAUUCUCCUCAACACGCCAUAAACCCUGGCCAUCCGUCACAGACUUCCUCACUCGGAACCAAGGAAAACUUAUACUAGACGCAGGCUGUGGUAACGGCCGGCAUCUCUGUCCAACAAGCGUAGGAGUGGACUACACACGUGCAUUUCUGCACGAAUGUGUGCGCACUGCCAACUGCCAGGCACUCACACUGAUGGCAUGCGAUGUAUCAUGUCUGCCGUUCAGGGACGAGUCAUUUGAUGCCGUUCUUUCGUGUGCAGUGGUGCACCACUUGGAGAAUGCCCGGCAAGGCGUUGAGCAGCUCUACCGGGUGUUGAGGAGUGGCGGGUCGUGUUUUAUCAUUGUUUGGGCGCUUAGGGCCGUGCACAAGCAUGGCGGUAAUGAUGACACUCAGGGUAGGCGCAAGUUUGUAAAGAUAAAGGACAACGAAUACCUCGUGGACUGGCAGGCUAAGGGGCAAAUGCGUUUUUAUCAUUUGUAUGAAAAGGAUGAGCUGGUUGAGCUGGUGCGUAGCGUAGGAUUUAGGGUGGUAGAGUGCAAGGAGGAGGAUGAAAGCAUAAAUGUGGAGGUGGUGAAGGAUUAG